GUGUUCAACACCAUCAUCGGGGGGUCGGGGUCGAAGCUAGAGCGGGCGCUGGGAGAUGCGUUCCCAGAGGGGGAGAGGUACUUUGGCCUCGAGAAUUUCGGCAACACGUGCUACUGCAACAGCGUGCUGCAGGCGCUCUACUUCUGUGUGCCGUUCCGCGAGCACCUUCUUGACUAUUACGCCAAGCACAAGCCAGCCAACGAGUCCGAGGAGACGCUCCUCACGUGCCUCGCAGAGCUCUUCAACCAGAUAAACUCGCAGAAGCGCAAGACGGGGGUCAUAGCGCCUCGCCGCUUCGUGCAGCGAGUGAAGAAGCAGAAGGAGCUGUUCCGCAGUUACAUGCACCAGGACGCACAUGAGUUCCUCAACUUCCUUCUCAACGAGCUGGUGGACAUUCUAGAGAAGGAGGCACGGGCCGGCAGGGCGGAGGCGGGGAGGAUUAUCCACCCCAACCUUCCUGCUGCUACUGCUGCUGCCCCUGCUGCUGCGCCGGGUGCUUCUAGUGGUGGUGGUGCUGUUGCUGCUGUUAGGUCGGAGGGAGGGGCGAGAGGGAGUGAGGGGGCGGGGGAGGGGAGGGAGGGCGAUGGGGGAGGGGCGAGUGCAGCAGCAGCGGAAGGGAUACCCGCUGGUUCGGGUUCUUCUGCUGCGUCUGCUGCUGUUGCUGCAUCUGUUGCUGCAGCAGCCACAGCAGCUGGGGUUGGGGCGGGGGGAGCAGCUGCUGGGAGUGCUGUUGGUGGUGGGGGCGGCAGUGGGGCGAAACCAACGGUGGUGACAUGGGUGCAUGAGAUAUUCCAGGUGUGUGCUGCUGAGGGGUGUGUGUGUGGCUAUCCAUGCGUGUGGUGGGGCUGGGAGUGGGACGUGCUGGGACUGGAGCUGGGGCAGGGAGAGGAGCAGUUGCUGGGAGACAGCAGCUUGGGGUGUGCUGGGUCUGGGGUGGGGGGAACAACUUUUGGGAGUGCUGGUGGGGGUGGCAGUGGGGCGAAACCGACAGUGGUGACAUGGGUGCAUGAGAUAUUCCAGGGUACGUUGACGAAUGAGACGCGCUGCCUGUGCUGUGAGACGGUGACUGCUAGAGACGAGGCCUUCCUUGACCUCUCAUUGGACAUCGAGCAGAACAGCAGUGUCACCAGCUGUCUGCGCAACUUCUCCUCCACGGAGACUCUCAACGGCAACGACAAGUUCUUCUGUGACACCUGCUGCAGCCUGCAGGAGGCACAGAAGAGAAUGCGAAUCAAGGUGCCACCGAGAGUGCUCGCCCUGCAUCUGAAGCGCUUCAAGUUUAUGGAGCAGCUGGGGCGCUACAAGAAGCUGUCCUACCGGGAAGCACAGAAGAGAAUGCGAAUCAAGGUACCCCCAAGGGUUCUCGCCCUGCAUCUGAAGCGCUUCAAGUUCAUGGAGCAGCUGGGGCGCUACAAGAAGCUCUCCUACCGGGUCGUCUUCCCGCUCCACCUGCGCCUCUGCAACACCGUCGACGACGCGCCCGGCGCCGAGGCCGAGUAUUCCCUCUUCGCUGUGAUAGUCCACGUGGGGAGCGGGCCCAACCACGGGCAUUAUGUGGCUCUCGUGAAGAGCCACAGCCACUGGUUGUUUUUUGACGAUGAGAACGUGGAGCAGAUAGAUGAGUCGCUCGUUCAGACGUACUUUGGGUCGUCGCAGGACUAUUCGAGUAACACGGAUCAUGGCGCGAAUGAGAGAAGCCGUGGCGAUGAUGACUCGGAGAAGGAGGAUCGGAUCUGGAGGGACCUGUUGAAGCCUCUCCUGCAGCGAGCCAUGGCGAUGGGCAAGGUGAGAGUCGCGAAGGCAAUGGUAAUCGGCCACGUGGAGCGCAGCACCUCUCGAGCAGACGGCCUCUGCGCCGCGGCUUGCUGGUUCCCCGCAUCUCGCCUCUACGCAACACCCGCCGCCGCCGCCGCCACCGCCGCCGCAACCGGCCCCACCACCGCCGCCGCCGCUGCAGCAGCCACUGCAGGAAUCGAUCUGCUGCCAUCGCUGCGCCUCGCCUACCCCUCCUCCGAUCUCGGCCUUCCGCUGACGUUCGCCAGCAGCCUGCCUUUAACUUGCAAGCUCGCUACAAUCACCUCUUCCAAUAGCCACUCGCGGAACGGCUCGCUAACGGAGAUAGACGAGAACGGGCCGAGCGCAGACGGGUGGGAAAAUGGGGGAGAGAUUGCGGGGGAAAAUGCGGGGGAGGCCGGGGGGGAGAGUAGGGGGGUGCAGCGGUGCAGCUUUAGCACAGACGAUGGGCAGCAGCAGCAGCAGCAGCAGCAGCAGCAGCAGCAGCAGCAGCAGCAGCAGCAGCAGCAGCAGCAGCAGCAGCAGCAGCAGCAGCAGCAGCAGCAGCAGCAGCAGCAGCAGCAGCAGCAGCAGCAGCAGCAGCAGCAGCAGCAGCAGCAGCAGCAGCAGCAGCAGCAGCAGCAGCAGCAGCAGCAGCAGCCGCGCCCUCACUUGGUUCACGCAAAUGCUGCUGCUGCUGCUGCUGGUGCUACUGCUGCUGGUGCUGGUGCUGGUGCUGCUGGUGCUGGUCCUAGUGCUGGUGCUGCUGGUGCUGAUGCUGAUGCUGAUGCUGCUGCUGCUGCUGGUGCAGGCGUUCCGCGUGUUAGGAGGAACCGUCAAAGGGGCCUCAGCAGGAGCAGCAGCCUGGACAGAAUCGACUUCUCCGACUGGGAAGGCGAGCUGGAAGGGGGGGGAGGAGGAGGAGCAGGAGAAAGAUUAGGAGGAGGAGGAUUGGGGGCCAGUGAGUGCAGCAGCAGGGCAGAAGUGUCUGCUUCACACGCGCCCAAUCCUUCUGGUGUAAGAGAAGAUCGCGUUUGGGGACCUCGGGAGGGUGUGGUGGGCAGUGUUGGGAGCAGUGAUCCGGGAGUGAGUGAGAAACGGGAGGCUGUAAAGGAGGGUCGAAGCGGUGCUGUGCGCGACAGGGUGUCAGAGGGGGGUGCGUUGGCUGGCGGGGGGUUGGCAAGCGAGGGAUUAACAGGCAGGGGAUUGGCAGCGGGGGGUUUCCUGGGCGGGGUGAUGGCGCGGGCGAUGGCGCAGCAGCAGGGCAGAGACGCGGUGAGCGCAGGCAUGUUCUUUCGCGCUGAGCGGGAGCGCCAGCUGCGCAGGGAACUGAGGGGCGUGGGGAGAGUGGGGGCCGCAGGGGGCGUGGGGGGAGUGGGGAGUGGGAGGGGAGUGAAUUUUGGGUCUGCCACCUUGCCUGUUGUUCCGGAGGAUUUGGGGCGGACAGGGGGGCAGCAGGGGACAGGGAAGCAGAUCGGGGGGCAGCAGAGUCAAGGUCAUUCAGCUGAAUUUCCUGUUAGACCGGCAAUGGGUGAGGUGGAGGGAGGUGUGGGCGGGUGGAGGAAGCAGUGGGCGCAUGGGCGCACGCAUGGGCGCAACACAGGGCAGGAGACACGGCGAGGGCGGGAGGGAGGCGAGAAAGGAGAGAAUGGAUCUGGGAGCAAGGGUAGAGUGGAAGGUGGGGGAGGAGGCGAGAGCGAGAGAGGGGCAGGAAGGAAAGGAGGCGUGGAGGGUAGGAAGGGAGUGGAAGGGAGCAGGCAGCGGGCGCGUGGGGGGAGAAAGGCGCAGGGCUUUGAGGGGCUCAUGAUGGCAGCAGCUGCCAUGCAGGGCGAUGGGGAAGAUGCGAGGGGAGGGGAUGACGGGGGGGAUGACGGGGAAGGGAGUUUAGGGGAGGGCGACCAGGGGAUGAAGAAGGCAAGAAGCUUCCCGGAUAUGGGCCUGAAGCCUUGCCUUGCCCACCUGCGGCGGUUGUCGCUGUGUGUGCAGCAAGAAGCCGUGUUCUCCAACCCAUGGGCCCCUUCUAGCAGCGAAAAGACUUCUGAGUCGACUCAAUUUUCAGCCCGCACCUCCCCUUUCCCCUCCCCUCCCCUUCCCCCCGUCUCCCCCCUCUUCCCCUCCCCUUCCCCUCCCCUUCCCCUCCCCUUCGCCUCCCCUUCCCCUCCCCUUCCCGUCCCCCGUCACUCCCCGCCAGCCCCCGGAGCAGCCCGCCCCGCGUCGGUCAUCGCUGAAGCACUGGGGGGUGAUGAGGAGAAUGGGGAAGAGGAAGGGAAUAGAAAUGGUGAGGGGGGUGGGCAGGGGGAGUUGACAGCGGCGGAGAUGGCAAGGCAGCGAUUGCAGGAGGCGCUGGGGGGAGAUGAGGAAGAUGAGGACGACUGGUUGGCGGACGACUUGGGUCUGGGCGCGGCUGUGGUGGCUGCCCGGCGGAUUUCCACCAACAGCUGGUCGUCUGGCGCUACGCCGUCACGCACAAGCACUCAGCUGAACGGCUUCCUCUGCCAGGAGAUGGCUGAUCUGGCACAGCGGCUGCGCAGAGACGACCUAGCAACUGGGGGAGGGGCGGGCGCGUCAGCAGUAGCAGGAGGAGGAGGAGGGUCAGGGAGCAACAGUAGCAGCAGCAGCAGAAGCAUCUUUGAUCAUUCGACAGGGUCAGCAGCGGAAUGUGCAGCCGUGAUGGUGUUAGUGGGGGAGCAGCAGCAGCCGCAGCAGCAUCAGGGGCAGCAGCAGCAGCAGACGAUUCUUUCUUCCUCGCAGCAGCAGCAGCAGCAGCAGCAGCAGCAGCAGCAGGUGCAGAGGGGGGCCAGUGUGGACUCAUGCAUGGCAGAGCAAGGCCCCCGCCGCUCUUCCUUCUCAGACUUCACCAGCGAGAGAGAAGGGGCGCGCAGGGAGGAGGGCCUCUCAGGGCGCGUGGAGGGUGAAGGGGAGGUGCAGAGAAGAAACAGCGACAGCUCUCAGCGGCCUGUGUGGUGGGGGAGACGGCUGGGGAGGGAGGAGCAAGGGCAGGGGCAGGGGCAGUGGCAGGGGCAGGGGCAGGAGGGGAAGAGAUUUGGGGAGACAGAGCAAGGCGCGGUGCAUGUGCAGCAUGGGCCCAAUGGGCCUGCCUUGGACGUCCCCCCAGCACCUUUCUUAGGAACAACGCCCCCUGUAGCAGCAAAGCCUUGUUCAGCAGCAACAGAGAGGCCUCCAUUAGCCCCCUCGCCUCCCCGCUGCCUGCUCUUCUCACCUGCUGACCUAGCUACCAUCACCGACGGUUUCGCCCAAGAGAACUUUCUUGGAAGCGGCGCGUACGGCCCCGUGUAUCGCGGCUGGCUGGAUCCGACCAAUCACAGCGCGCCAGCUGGCAGCGGGGACUCGUUUGAAGGUGCGCAAUGUGGUAACCAGACUGGUAACAAGCUCAGUAACCAGAGUGGUAACCAGAGUGGUAACAGCAGCAGGGACGGCAUGCCGGUGGCUGUGAAGGUGCAGCGAUCAGGCAGCAAGCAGGAGGCGAUAGAGGCGUUUGUGAGAGAGGUGGAUAUCCUUUUACGCGUGCAGCACACACACAUCGUGCGCCUGGUGGGCCGUUGCGACCAUGACUUGUCGCUCGUGUAUGAGUUCAUGGCGGGGGGGAGCCUGCAGGACCAGCUGCUAAGGGCCAAGAAUGGGGUAUCUGAUGCAGUUGCAGCAGCCGGAGCGGCAGGAGCAGCAGCAGCAGCAGAGGGAGCAGCAGCAGUUGUAGCAGAACCAGGGGCUGGGGCAGCAGCAGCAGCAGCAGCACCAGCUCCCGUCCCGGCUUCAAACUUCCCGCUCCCCCUCCACCUCUCGUGGCGGGACCGAAUGCGCAUCGCAGCCGAAAUCGCCUCGGCCUUGCUCUGCCUGCACCAGUCCCACCCACCCAUCCUCCACCGGGACCUCAAACCCGACAAUAUUCUCCUCGACCAAUCACGCACCAGCAAGGUCGCUGACGUGGGCCUCUCGUGCGUCGUCCCGUCGUCCAAUGUCGUGUUUACUAGGAAAGUCCGCGGCACGAUCGGGUUUAUCGAUCCCGAGGCGGUGGAAUCCGGGGAGUUGACGACCAAGUCGGAUGUGUAUGCGUACGGGGUGCUGCUGAUGUUGUUGUUGACCCGCUUCCCCGCUGCUAGAGACCUGCACAGGUACCUGAGCUCGCUCCCGUUUGAGGUUAUGCGGAACCCUGCGCGUGCUGCGACUGCAGUCAUUGCGGGGAUUGGGAGCAGUAGCAGUGGAAGUGGCAGUGGCAGUGCCACCAGCACCAGCAACAGCAGUGGCGGCGGCGGCAGCAGCGGCGGCAGCGGCAGCGGCAGCAGCAGCAAGAGCGACGGCAGCAGCAGCAGCAGCAGCAUGGGGCAGCUGGAUCCGUCAGCAGGGGAGUGGGACGUGGGGCUGGCUCACCGGCUGCUCGUGGUGGCGCUGAGGUGCCUGGAGCGGACCUCAGAGCGACGGCCAUUCAUGGAAGAGGUGAUGGAGGCAGUGGGUGCAGUGGCGAGGGAUGCUGCCUCCAGAAUAAACACAUCUCACAAGGCGUCUACAAGCGGGAGGUGA